AUAUUGUUAAAUACCUCAUUAUUUAAAUAACAUUUAAUUCGCCUACUUUUUAGUUACAUAAACAUAUUCUCUAACAUAAGAGGCAUAACCAGUUUAAGUUCUAGACUUACCGAAGGGCCAUGCCGUUUAUGAUAGGAAAAGCUCCGGUUCGCCGGUCAAUUCAAUAUCUCAGUGCAGGUCGUCUGGCAUUAAAGAAAAGGGUAAAAAUAUUCAGUGUGAACUACAACACCUAUGGAAGUCAUCAUGAAGGAGCCAGAGAUUUUGUGUUUUGGAACAUCCCCCAAAUACAGUACAAAAACCCGGACGUACAAGUUGUCACAUUCAAGAAUAUGACCCCAUCUCCGUUUAUUCGAUGUUAUUUUGAUAAUGGACAACAAAUGCUAAUCGAUAUUGAUAGUAAAAACCGCAACGAAAUAAUGCAACAUCUGAUAAGUGUAGUUGGAAAGUCACCCGAAACACUUGCUGCGGAAGCCAAAUUGGCGGAGAAACAAGAUAAUCCGGCCAAUUUCGGUGUGGGUUGUGCGAAGCCUUGCAUCUGCACGAUCCCGGGUCAACUUCCGUGCCCCGGUGUGGUGCCGGUACCUAAGCACAUGCGCGGAAAAUACAAGUAUCAGCCAAAGGACUGAAGGAAUGCACCUAAUAAACUUAGUCUAAAUAAAAACCAAUUCAAUAUUUGUUUUGUUUAUUACUUAAGUUUAAUUGUAAAACAUCAUCAUUUGCUAAAAAUUAAA